AUGCGAGUAACCAACCCACCUAGAUCCAGGAGAGCUACAAGCAACUCUGUGCGCAACAACAAUUCCAAUUCUGUAGCUGUGUACAGAGACGAAAUUAAUAGAAUAAAACAAAUUUUACCGUUGUUUAAAGUUCCCUACACAUUAGGCCAAAUCUUCAAUUCUGAAAAUCAAAGCCCUUUUCUUAAACCUGACGGGAAGAUUAAAAGACCACCUAACUGCUUUAUGUUCUUUCGUCAAAUUACAAAUAUUUUGAUUAAAAAUACGGAAAUGUCUGCUGUUGAUAAACUAUUUUUCAAGAAUUUGGACCAGCCACUACUUUCGCAAAUUCUUGGUGCACUGUGGAAUUCUUUCACUUUAUCCGAACAAUCUUAUUAUAGAGAAUUAUAUGGUGAAGUGACUAAAUUACACAAAUCAUUACAUCCAGACUGGAAAUAUAAACCAAAAAGAAGCAAAGCAAUUUUUAAAGUUGUUAAAUUUGAUUCACAUGAUCAACAAGAACCACAGUAUCAAGAUCAAGAAAUCUCUUCCGCAAUUUCUGAAGUCACACCACAAAUUGAAGUCACACCACAAACUGAAGUAACACCAACUGACAUUGACUUAUCAACGUUUUAUCUUUUUUAUGGACAACAACAACCCUUUCAAUAUGUAAAUUUCUUAUAA